GUUUUCUGCCAGCUAGCAAGUUUCUAAAAAAAAAAAAAUCAGAUAGUUGUGAGCUGAUUAAAUACCUUCUGUAAACGUGGACUAUCCUGGAUGCUAGUGAUAUUAUAAUCCACAAUACAAAUAAUAAUUAUUAUCAACUGUAUAACAGCUCUCAAGAGACACCGCUGUCAGUUUAGACAAAUAAAUGAAAGUUGUCUGAUCUGUUAGAUUAGCUGUUAGCGGAUCGGCUUCAGUCUUGGCUGUUUAUACGCACGGAAGAUCCUGUCCAGAAGCGUGAUGAAGCUCUACAGUCUGAGCGUCUUGUAUAAAGGCUCAGCGAAGGCCAACCUGCUGAAGGCGGCGUAUGAUCUGUCAUCAUUCAGUUUCUUCCAGAGAUCCAGUGUGCAGGAGUUCAUGACGUUCACCAGCGCGCUGAUUGUAGAGCGUUCAGCAUUAGGAAGCCGCGCGUCUGUCAAAGAGCAAGAGUACUUGUGUCACGUGUACGUGCGGAAUGACAAUCUCGGUGCCGUUGUGAUCGCAGACAAUGAAUAUCCCUCCAGAGUCUGCUUCACUUUACUUGAUAAGGUGCUGGAUGAGUUCUCCAGACAGGUCAGCAGUAUAGACUGGCCUUCUGGUUCUCCGGCGACCGUUCAGUACACAGCACUGGACAGCCAUCUGGCCAGAUACCAGAAUCCACGUGAGGCUGACGCUAUGACCAAAGUGCAAGCAGAACUGGACGAAACCAAAAUUAUUUUGCACAGCACAAUGGAGUCGCUGCUGGAGAGAGGAGAGAAGCUGGAUGACUUAGUUCAGAAAUCUGAGCAUCUGGGAAACCAAUCAAAAGCCUUUUAUAAAACGGCACGCAAGCAGAACUCGUGCUGCGAGAUCAUGUGAUUGCGAUGAAGUCUCUGAUUGGACUGGACUCUUCGGCCACCUCUCCUGUCUGGUUUUCUAUUGUUUUUCCCUCUCUUUCUCUCUGUCCUGGUGUAGGCUGGUGCUUUUAUCAAGCAGCAGUCAUAGCGAAAGCACAAGAGAGCCGAUCCGACGGUAUACAGUAACGGGCUCCGAGGGGGCUGAUUUCCCAUGAUGCACCACACUUACUCUGUUGUGUGAGAACUUCCUUUUCUUCUUGAGGGUUCCUCAGGGUCUGGCACAAGCUCAAAACGGAUCCGGAUAAAAGCAUAGAGGGGCUGGAGUCAAGCGUCCCCGCUGUGCCUUACUGUAGACGCAGGAGUGUUGUCAUCAGACUGUUGAAUUAGCCUUAUCUCAACGGAGGACAUGCUGCGAUCUCUGCAUUUAGACUCAUUAUUCGGUGUACAUGUAGCGUGAAUUUUUUUAAGAUGUGAAACCAGUAAAUAAUGUGUUAAUUAUUGAUGUGUUCAUAACGUUCGGAUCCUCAAUAUUGAGUAUAAGUGACUGACCAAAUUAAAUGUUUGUGUACAAUUCUAAUGCUUUUUUCUCUCUUGAAAAUGUAAAUAAAUUACUGAAUGGUAUUGGCUUUGGUUCCCUGCGUGGAGAGUUGUGAUUGCAAUUCGGUUUUUAAUGCUUAAGAAACAUUCCUAGAAUAUGUUCAGCUGGUGGGUGAUAACGAACACGUGUUGUGAUGUUUGAGAGUAAUAAUAAAGCCUUAAAGUGUGGUUUGGUGUGAAAUCAGCCCCCUUGAUCCUCGUGCGAUGGUUGUGAGUGUAAAUCUGUUAGUGAUUGAUCACAUGACUCUCGCCGGACCUCUCAAAUGCUGUAUCCAAUCUAAUGAGGCUUUGCUGCUAACAGCCUGGAGACUCGACUCUUGAGUCCUGGUUACAAGUUCAUGUGCUUUUUCUCUUUCUGUAAAGUCUUCAUGCACAAAAGGUUGGGUCAAGCCAGCAGUAUCUGGGUGAACCAGUCAAGAACAUGUCCGGGUCUUAUAACAGCCCAAAUUCAGAAGACAGACAAAACACAAUCCAUUUUGAUUAAAGAAAAUCUAAUUUCAGAUUAUUUAUGUUUUUUGCAUUUUGGUUUAAAAUUUUCAGUUUUUCCCCAAUUUGUGAUACUGACAUUUUCUCAUUGAAUUGUCAUGAGAAUUAAAUAUUCUUACUUGUUAAGAAUAAAUAAUGCAUUUUUUUAACAACAAUAAUUUUGAAAAUCUCAACUAGGACCAUUUAUAUUUUUGCAUUUUGACAAUUGAGAACAAUUUCCCCCAAUUUGUGAUAUUAAUGACAUUUUCAUACUGAUUUCUCAUGAGAAUUCAAUGAUAUUUGUAAAAAGAGA